UCGAUGUUUUAAACCGCCGCUCAAAGCAGAAGCUGAGGGAAGCUAACUAGAACGAAGUCAACAAAUGUUCAAAGGCUUACACUCUCGAAUCACUUCUAUCUUCCCCCAAUCUUCUUCGCUUCUCUCAAAUUUCAGCCUGUUCAUUGUUAUCGAUAAAAGAUGAAGACGGUUUCUGGGAAAAUUGUAUCUUUGAAGCCUGUUAAUCUCUCCAAAGCUGCGAAUAUCUUGUCAAAAUUUGUAACCUCCGAGAAUGGAGCUUCACAACCGGUGUCUGCUUACCUCCGUCGUGCUUCUGUGGCAUUUAACGAGCUUGUAUACUUUAAAAAGCACCACACGCUGAAGAAAAAAACAAAGGAUGAAACUUCAUCCAUAUCUGAUAUAAGCCAUAGGGAUGUAGAAGAAGAUGAGGGUAAAUUGAGAAAGAAAGAAAAGAAAAAGAAGAGGAAGAAUGCAGAAGUUGAUGGAAGAGAAAUUGGUGAUUUGGAAACACCCGAAAGGAAGAAGAGAAGGAAAACUUGAAGGUGAUGAAUAGACAUAAAAAUUCGAUAAAGAUUUCAUUAUUGAGUACCUUAUUUAGCUUCUAGAUAAUUUUGAUGGUGGUGAUAAACUAGUUUCUUGAUUAUUAUUAUUAUUAUUAGUUUUCAUGUAAGAAUCAAUUUUGGAUGAUAUUGAGUUCAUGGUUGCAAAUGAUUAAAAAAAAUACAAGAGUAGGUUUGGGUUUUA